GUAACUGUAACAUCGUAGCGCCGCGCCGUGAUAAUGGUUAAAUGUUUGCAAAAACCGGAAAAUAUGGAGAAAAUCAAGCUGAAGCUAUCCGCCUUUUUGAUACAGAUUAUAGCUACGAGCUGCAUAUGUUUCCUGGCGUGUCAAACAGGAUUCGCCUGCGCGUGGCCCUCCGGCACGAUUCACAUGUUCCAAUCCAAUGACACAGUUCUCUCUACACCAAUGACCACCUUCGAAGUCUCACUUCUCGGUAGCCUGGGUAACGUUGGUGCUUUAGCUGCUACUCCCUUCUGCGGCUAUGCUUUCAAUAAUUUUGGAAGGAAGUACGCGUCGAUUUUGUUCGGUUUGCCUUAUGUGAUAAAUUGGGCUAUAAUAUCGCUAGCUAAAGGUGUGCCAUGGAUACUCUUAGCAGUGACCAUAGCUGGCGUCGGGAUUGCUGGCCAGAACGCUUCGCUCAUCUUCAUAUCAGAAAUCUCACAUGAUUCCAUUAGAGGAGGAAUGACAGCUCUUUCAGCUUCAGGCUACUUCCUGGGACUUAUGGCAGGUUACGCAUUAGGUGGUUACCUGCCUUACUAUCAUGUAGUAUACGCUAACAUGACAAUGGCAGUCAUAGCCAUGGUGUUGCUGAUGCUACUUCCAGAAUCUCCUGUGUUCCUGGUACUCGUCGGAAAGACUGAGGCAGCUGCCAAGUCAAUAGCUUUCUACAACAAAGUAGAACCGACGUCGAAAGAAGUUGAAGGUGAAAUUAAAAGGAUUCGAAUACAGCUGGAUCCUAGGCUAGAGAAGAUACUGGAAGCAGAGCAAGAUCCAGAAGCGCUCAGUCAGCUGCUAGCAGAAAAUGGGAAAACUGAAGAAAUUGCCAAACCACACUCGGAAUCAGCUUGGAAAUUAUUUAGAGAAUCAAAAUCGUCGAAGCGUGCCAUGGUGAUAAUCCUAGUACUGAUGGUAUCUUCAAUCCUGAUGGGGGCACCAGUGAUGCAGAUCUACGCUGAGCCGCUGUUCCAGGAGGCUGUGCCGACAAUGUCAGCCAACGAGUGCUCGAUAUACCUGGCUAUAGUGCUGUUAGUGGCUAGUGUUAUCUGUGUGCUGGUAGUUGAUAAAUUCGGACGUAAGAAUCUCAUGAUCCUAACCUCGCUGGGGUCCGGCGUGUGCAACGUGCUACUCGGCACGCAGCUCCACCUCAAAUGGGCGAGUCCAUGGUUCACGGUCUUUUUAAUAUAUGCCUUCAACUUCUUGUUCACCCUCGGCUGUGGCGUCAUCCCGUUCAUCCUCACUGCUGAGGUGUUCUUGCCAGAGGUCCGAAGCUUUUGCAACAGCGUUGUCAUGUCAUCCUUAUGGGUAUCGCUGUUUGUACUACUAUUCAUAUUCAACCCUAUCAUGGAGCUGAUUGGCCUGGGACCAGUUUUCUACUGUUUCUCCGGCGUUUGUUUCUUUUUAGCUAUAUUCUCAUACAUAGCCUUGCCGGAGACGAAAGGACUAUCGGCUGAUGCUAUACAAGCACUAUUUUUGAAGAAGAAAGCGUAAACAUUACUUAUCUUAAUAAGAACAUUACAUUUAAUUGUUCUUAUAUCUGUGCUUAUCUUCGAUUAAUAAGCCCACCAUAUACUUAACGGGGUCUUAGAGUUUCUCAACUCUUGGCUAUGUCUACCCCGCAAGGGAUGAGAACGUGAUAAUCUAUCUGUAUCUUUUUGAGCUAAAUUGUAAUUUAUUUUACAAGACCUAUAUAAAAUAAUACCUUUAAGUAUCGACGUAUCUGUGAUUUUGUAAUUAUGUAAAUAAAACUCAUUAGUUUUAAGUCUUUUACUUCGAUUACCAUUGCCACGUAUGUUUAAGACAAAGCGUGUAAACUCGAAGAAAGUGCUUAAAAUAAAAAAGUCCCUGCAUUUAAAAUAGCC